CAUUGUCUCCUACGCCUUUUCUUAAGUUUAAAGAAGAGCCUUCAGUUUCUUUCUCUUUCUCUUGGUGAAGGCUCGUUUUUUAGUCCUCCUACCCACUGAUCUCUCUCCCAUGCUUCGGCAGAAGCAAGAAGACGAGACCAGGCAGCUGGUGCAACACCAUCAGGCCCAAGUACCUCUGAUUUCCUCUAUCCAGAUGUGUCUGCUGCUAACGAGCAAGGGAUGUGUGUGACUAUUUCUCGCAAAGGAUGGAGAAUGACCGAGGGGACCUCGCCGACAUAGUCCGAGCUGCAGGCAGCCGUAGCGGACCACCACACGCCAACUUUGAUCCUGUGGUCUCUCGGUGUCACCUUCCUUCACAGCCUGUGGUCUUUCCUGAGAGAACCGAAGCCCCUACCAACAACUCGGGUGAGUAUCUCCUUAACCUCCGUGACCCUCUGCCGGAUCAGUACACAGGCGUGGAGUUCUUCUAUGGCGCGGAAGCGAUGGUGGCACUGGCCAAGACCGACACAGAUAGCAGCAGCGACCAUGGCGGGGGAAGGAGGCCUCUCGUAUCUCCCGAGUUACAAUCAGGCGAGCAGGAGAUCGACAGGCCUUGUAACAACUUCUCGAGGGUUCUUCAGAUCUCGCCCGGUGGUAGCCGCAGGCCUUUCCCGCUCUCACCGAGGCUGAUGAAGCCGUCGCCUGCAGUGGCCAGGGAGAUGAUGAUGACGAAGCUGAUGAAUGUGAGCAGCAGCUCCGCAGCCGGACCGGUGGAUCAUGGUGGUGGAGUGCAGAUCUUGUGCCCUCAGACUCCAGGGGUCAAACGAAGAAAAAGCCAGGCAAAGAAGGUGGUAUGCAUACCGGCUCCAGCGGCGGCCACCAGCAGACCGACCGGUGAGGUUGUUCCAUCUGAUCUAUGGGCUUGGAGGAAGUAUGGCCAGAAGCCGAUCAAGGGUUCUCCGUAUCCAAGGGGCUAUUACAGAUGUAGCAGUUCCAAGGGAUGCUCGGCGAGGAAGCAAGUGGAGCGCAGCCGAACCGAUCCUAAUAUGUUGGUCAUCACAUACACGUCGGAGCACAACCAUCCGUGGCCUACGCAACGCAAUGCCCUUGCAGGAUCCACGAGAUCUCAUCCAUUCAAGAACGCCUUAAAGAUCCCCGGCGACGAUGUUCUGAAGUCGCCCACGGCUCCCAAGGAAGAGCGCAGGGAGGCAACAACCUCGAACGCUCAUCUAGAUCUAGAACAAGAACAAGAAGAAGAAGAGAUGGAUAAGCCAACUGAAGACGACGACUUCAACCAGAAUAUGCACCGAAGCUACAAGCCGAUGAUCCCGGAAGCGGACCAGCCCGACGACUUCUUCGCGGACUUGGCGGAGCUGGAGACUGACCCGAUGAGCCUCAUCUUCUCCAAAGGAUACAUGGACGCAAAACCAGACGAAGAGAGGGGGCACAAGGCCUCUGACACCAUGGACAUGUUCGAUUGGGCAGGUAGCUCCUGAGGCAAAAAUGAUAAACAUAAAAAUAAGAUCUCAUUAGAUGAAUUAGAAGAAGAAGAAGAAGAAGAAACUCUGGUAGUAAUUAUCCUACAAAGUCCAAAGUUGUGUUCAAGGUCAAACUAGCUUUGUGGAUUCACGAAGUUGACGACUGCUGGGAGUUUUAGUUGCUUAACAGAACAGCAGCCAUAGAUGAGGGUUUCAAAAAGGAGGGGUGGUAGUGAAGUGGGAGCAGUCCCCCACCAGUUUGGAAUUUUGGAGGAUGGGACAGAAAGCUGCGGCACAGAAGCUUUCAACAGUUCACAAGUACGUGCGUCGGAUGUGACUGAAGAGGCCAUGGCAAGGAUGUUAAGAACCCUAUGAUAAGGUUUUCUUUUCCCCCUCCCUCUCUCUCUCUCUCUCUCUCUUCCUUUCCCGCCCUAUCUUCUCGAGGUGGGGAAAAGUAGUUCGUAUCCGGCGAGGAUUUCAACCGCAGGAUGGUAUACAAAGUAAAAUGACCGGCACUGUUCGAUA